AUGUUUAUAAGUACUAGUGCAACAUGGUCUAACUCGACGUCACCAACGACGUCUGCUGCUCAUCAAGCAGUCAUGAAUAACAACGUACUACUGGUCCUAGAGUACUUAUCUCCCGCCCUUUCUAUAAUUCUUGGAUCCCUGGGACUUGUGUUCAACUUCAUCAACACCAAAGUGUUCCUCAAGCAGGGCGUCAAAGAUUGUGUGUCCGUCUGCCUUCUGUCUUUGUCAUUUUCAGACAAUGGUUCUCUGUUAUUUGGUUUGAUGGCCGCUGCCUGUUUUUUCUUCUAUGCCCUGACAGAUAUGUCUGGAUUGAAAUAUUUUAUUGAUCCCAUGUCCGUGUGGAGGCUUUUCGUGCAGGGCCAGUUCUGCUUCUACGACUUGUCCACCUACACGACCGCCUUCAUCGCCAUCGAGAGAUGUCUCUGCGUGGUUCUUCCUUUCAACUUCAAGUCAAUCUUCAAUCUCAGAACAUCGCUAUUGGUCCUUCUGUGUCUAUAUACCGGUACAUUUCUAUUGCACAUGUUCUUCUUCGCAUUUACCGAGUUCCGAAUAAUUUACAAUCCGAAAUUUAACAUAUCCCAGUCCAUUAUCUACUUUGGACCCACGAGACUCUUGCUGGAGAAGUAUCUACAGGUCUUUAACCACCUAUGCCUGUCUUGUGUAGCCAUGCUGACGAUAUUGGUAACUAGUGGGUUGAUGAUCCAUAGACUUCAGAGAGCUAAUAAGUUUAGAAGACAGAAUGGGCUUAAAACUGUUACGAAAACAUUAACGCGAAAUCUUCAAGUAAUUCAUCCGGAAAUCUCCGUGCUUUCAGCAAAUGUUUCAUGCAAUAAUAUUGUCAAGGAUAAAAAUGUUACAGUGAUACUAGACAAUGAUAUUUACCCACCAGGGAGAUACAAACGCAAACUAGAAGAGAAUGGACUCAACGCGCGACAUCUGCGCCUUGUGAAGAUGGUCUACACCCUGGCCGUUAUAUGUUUUCUGUCUGAUGCUUUCCGCUUCCUGGCUAUGACUACCUUCUACAGUGAUCGUGAACUGCGUCCAGGGGGAGCCAGAGCGUCAACGGGCAACAUUCUUGGCAACUUUGUUUACCUGGUGCAGAUAGUGAACUGUUCAGUCAACAUUCUGGUGUAUCUGACCUGCAACCAGAGCUACAGACUAGUGUUUUUGUCUUUGUUCAAAUCUUAG